AUUAUGGUUAAAGCCCCCACGUCUGAACCAGACGCCUUGGGGUCACAUAAAACAAACGAUGCCCAAGAGAACGCUCCUCAGCACGCAGAGCCCAGCUCGCUUCGAACACCACUCAAAGAGAUCACAGUGAAUUUCAUAAGGAGGACCAAAAUCCAUGGAGUGAAGUUCAUCUUCUGCCCGAACAAGUCAAAGCCUCAGCAGAUCAUCUGGAGCCUGGCCUUUCUUCUUUGCAUCAGUCUGCUCUGCACCUGGUCAUGGAACCGAAUCGUCUAUCUGAUGUCCUACCCUGUUGUCACCAAGAUCUACAUGGUUUGGGCUCACAACAUGUCCUUCCCAGCUGUGACUAUCUGCAAUAAAAAUGUGUUUCGUGCAUCCAACCUGACCAAGGAUGACCUAUACCACAGCGGCUACUGGAUGGACCUCAUGUAUCCAAACCACACGGUGAUGAAGAGGAGCUUGUCCAUCCUUAAAGACAGCCACAAACCAGCUCUCCUGAGACUGCUGGACUUCCACAACUACACCCCGCCCCCUGAUUAUCAGGCCAACACCACAGAGAUGAUGGGUCGCCUCGGCCACCAGCUGGAGGACAUGCUGCUGCAGUGCAAGUUUCGUGGUGAUAACUGCACCCACAAGAACUUCAGCACUAUUUACACGCGCUAUGGGAAAUGCUACACUUUCAACUCGGGAUUAGAUGGCAACCCUUUGUUGACGACAUUAAAAGGAGGCACAGGGAACGGCCUGGAAAUCAUGUUGGACAUCCAGCAGGACGAAUAUCUGCCUGUUUGGGGAGAAACAGAUGAGACGUCCUACGAAGCGGGCAUCAAGGUUCAAAUCCACAGCCAGGACGAGCCGCCCUUCAUUGACCAGCUGGGAUUUGGUGUGGCCCCUGGUUUUCAAACUUUUGUGUCAUGUCAGCAGCAACUGCUUCAGUACCUCCCACCGCCUUGGGGAGAUUGCAAGUCCACUCCGAUAGAGUCAGACUUCUUCUCCACCUACAGCAUCACUGCGUGCCGCAUUGACUGUGAAACUCGGUACCUGCUAGAGAACUGCAACUGCAGGAUGGUUCACAUGCCGGGGACUUCAACAGUUUGUACGCCUGAGCAGUACAAAGACUGUGCCGACCCAGCUUUAGACUUUUUGGUAGAGAAAGACAACAAUUACUGUGUCUGUCAGACGCCCUGCAACAUGACUCGCUAUGGCAAGGAGCUGUCCAUGGUUAAGAUCCCCAGUAAGGCAUCUGCUAAAUAUUUGGCUAAGAAAUUCAACAAAACUGAGCAAUAUAUUGGAGAAAAUAUAUUGGUGUUGGACAUCUUCUUUGAAGCCCUGAAUUAUGAAAAAAUUGAGCAGAAGAAGGCGUAUGAAAUUGCGGGGCUUCUCGGUGACAUUGGAGGUCAGAUGGGGCUAUUUAUUGGAGCCAGUGUCCUAACAAUACUGGAAAUAUUCGACUACCUAUAUGAGGUGUUUAAAGAUAAGGUCUUGGGUCAACUGUUGCGCAAGAAACGACCGCAGCGUUGUCCAAGUGACAAUCUGGACUUUCCAGAGAACCCAACCAGCCCUGGUGUCACGCCUAAUCAUGCCCCCAGAGCACCUGUGACACCCUCCGGAGUCACUCGGAUAGCCUCGGAUUCACGCCGAACAUCUUACCUCGUCACCCGACUUUAGGCAACUUUGAGGAGUUUGCUUGUUGACGACUUACUGUGGGGUGUACCGAAGCUCAUCUGGAGACUUGACGGCAAACUGUGAAAUAUUUUAGGAAUUCAACAGAAAAGGGUUGAGUGGAGGCUCAAAAAUAGUACAACUUAAUGCCAGAAUAGACACAGAAUAUUAUCAUCCCGCAAAAAUCAAACACAGAGAGAGAAAGAGAGGCCACUUCCAACACAGAUCUCAGGUUUAACUGCCAUGUCAAGGGCAUCAGCGUUAAUUUGGUAGAUUUUAUUGCAUUUUGUAGAGGGUUUUUUUUAUGUCAUGCAGGAAUUUUUGAGCGAACAA